AUGGUUUGUCAAGCGCCAACCAAGCCUAAGUGUCCAGACCUCGGGAGUGACAUUCGCUCAGGUACGGAUCCCACUCGACCGACCCUCUUCGCCAUCAAGGGCAUCGUCUUCGACGUGAGCAAGAAUCCCGCAUUCGCGCCGGGGGGGUGUUAUCACGAAUACGCGGGAAAGGACCCUUCGCAUGCCCUGGCCCGAUCGUCAGUCCAUAAGUCGUCCUGCACAGCUGAGUAUCACCACCUCGGAGAGCAGGAGCAGACUAUUCUUAAUGAGUGGUUUGAGUUCUAUAAGAAGCGAUACAGGAUUGUAGGGAAAGUGUCAUGUGACAUCCCUACUGGCCAGAGUGACCAAUCAUGUUGUGAGACUAUGAUACGGGAUGAUAAUGUUAUUUGA